UUUUGAGAAGAAAUAAAUAAAUAGUAUAACACUUCUUCAACGAGACAAAGAUCGAAUAGGGUAGCAGUCGAAGAGAAGAGUAAGAUAUUUGGAGGAAAGUGUGGUGGUUGGUGUUUGGAAGCAAAGCAUGUCGUGGUGUUACAGCGUUAAGUCGUUGCCGUUGCAGUUGCAGUUGCAGCCAAGAACAGCAUCAUCGUUCCAUUCCCACGUUGUUGGAGUAACAACCUUAACACUGUCUCUGCCACCUCUUUCUCUGACCCACAAACUUCACUCUCACUCCCACCUCCAUCCCAAAUCCAAACGCUCUUCCACAACCAUUCGUUGCUCCUCUGCGUUGACUCCUCAAUUGAAGUCUACCUUGGAUAAAGUUAUUGCUUCCAAUAAAGUAGUUCUGUUUAUGAAGGGAACUAAAGACUUUCCGCAGUGUGGAUUCUCAAACACGGUGGUGCAAAUAUUGAAGUCUCUUAAUGUGCCUUUUGAAACGAUAAAUGUGCUCGAAAAUGACAUGUUGCGCCAAGGACUGAAGGAGUACUCCAGUUGGCCUACAUUUCCUCAACUUUACAUAGAAGGAGAGUUUUUUGGUGGCUGUGAUAUCACUGUUGAGGCAUAUCAGAACGGACAAUUGCAGGAGCUGUUGGAGAAGGCAAUGUGCUCCUGAAACCCUGUUGUUCACGAGCAAAUUGAAAGUACUAGUAGACUUUCCAAGUUUGUAAUCUUUGCAAGGUCAUACUGUGGCUUGGUGAUCAUGGAUAAAAUAAAUUGUCUGAUAUAUUUGCCUAUUACAAUUACUGAAAUACAAACAUCCUGGUAUUUGAGUAUAAAAAAGAUAAGUCAUUUAACGAAAUCUUGUUAAAUAGACUAUUGUGGUACUAAUUUUGCUACUUUAAACUUUGUUCAAUUAAUUUUGUUCUAGCUUUUGUGAAACUGUCACGUUGCUGCUACCUUUUCAUCUGUUUGAUAAGGGAUUGGCUUAUUCAUGAGCAAGAUUGUGCCUGUGCUGUUAGAUAUUUGAUGUAUAAAAUCCAAUGCAAUACAAAUAAAUUUGUGAAGCUUAAUGUACUGCAUGAAGGGAAGUUUGUGGGGCAUAAUUCUAGACAUGUCAUUAAUAAAAAAGAGCAUACCUUGUAAUUAUGACUAUGGAGUUAGCACUCAUAAUAGCAUAACGAUAGUUUGAAAAGAUUAUCUAUGAGAAAAACAUUACCUGUAAUAAUACACUAUUCAAGUAAUGGCAUGUUGAU